UAGAAUGAUAUCGACACUUAUCUUAUCGACUACAGUGGUGGUCUCGGUCUGACAGAUCCUUUGGCCAACGUGCCAUAAUUUCUGACAUGUAUCCCCGUUGUGUCUAGUCACAGGGUGACAGGGCAACGGGGCUUCCUUACCAUCAUUUUGCCAGAUCAUGAUAUUAUGAUGGAGCCGUCAUCCGAAAGACAUCAUGAUCGCGUCAUGCCAAGCAUUGAAGCAACGUCCGAGCUUACACGUUUACGGCAUCACACACCACUCGAUGUUUGUCUGUCAUGAGCCGAGUCGAGAAUUCCCAAAGGCCGCGAAAACUGCGACGUAAUCGACGCGCCUGUGAUCAAUGCAGCGCUCGUAGUGUCAAAUGUCGCCCGGGUGAAGGUGAAUCCGGGUGUCAAAACUGUACCGAUUAUGGCGAGGCUUGCACUUCGCUUCGGCCAAUAGGCAGAAGGGGUCCAAAACCUCGGUCGUCCAGAUCUAUAGCAAGUCAAUUGACGAACGAUCCGGCGCAAUCGAGCAGUCGACAUCGUUCUCAAGGUCAAACGUCUCCCGAAGAAGAAGAUGGAGAAGUCACACUCAGUAUUGUCACCACUACAAACUGGAAGCCGAGGAAGAUGCCUGCUCAGGCAGUCGUCAUGGAUCUGACCGAGAUAUAUUUCGAGGUUGUUUAUCCUGUGUUUCCCUUCUUUCACCGACCGACAUUGUUACGGAAGGUCUCGCGAGGGGAGUACGCCUCGAGUCGACCUCUAUUCGCUUCUGUCCUAGCUAUGUGUGCGCUCUCCUCAGCUCGCGUCCGUGAUGGAGCUCUUUACACCGGCAAAUGGGAUGCGAAAUCGUUGCAGGAUCCAUCUUCGGAGGAACUGUUUGAAGCAGCCAAGGAAGCCAUUCCGCAUGAUGCCUCGUUGUCGCAAGAGUUUGAUUACAUGCGAGCGUACGCAUUGCUCGCCAUCACGUCAAUACAGUAUGGGGAUACUCGUCAGAUGAACUACUACAUUGGUCUCUACCAAAGCUUUGUUGCUGUAGGUAUACUACAGGAUGAGAACAAUUGGCCUACAAAUAUCGGUCAUGUCGAGGUUGAGGAGCGAAGACGACUUUUCUGGUCCACUUACACUCUGGACAUAUUCUCCUCCAUCAUCUGGGGUGGCUUCGCCAGAAGUAGAGAAGCUUGUUUCAACGUGUGUUACCCAACUGAGUGUGAUGACGAAUACUUCGGCGACAAGCAACCUCUCGCGAGCGACAUACACAAGGACCACAGCUGGCUGAAAGGAUGGAACUUUGUCACCGAUCUAUAUCGUAUCCUUGAACACGCGGUUGACCGUCUCGGUCAUCUCAGGAACCCAGUAAAGCGUACACCUUCUAUCUAUGGACAUGUUGAUCAAGGCAGUCCUCGACAUGCAUCGAUUCUUACCCACAUCAUGACACUAUAUGAACAGUUACCGUCCGUCUUCAAAGCAACACAACCAUUGACCGGACAACUCGAACGCGAUCUCUUUGGGUUUCAAGCGGCGAAUAUUGCUGCCUCGCUCCAGCUUGUCCGCAUGGUGCUAUUCACCACCGAGCACUCGACCGUGGAUCAAAAGUGUCAGAUUGCGAGCGAAGUGAUCAACGGUUUUGCUAGUGUACCGGUAGCGUACUUACGUGCCAUCAGCUCGCCGCUCUUCCAUCACUUGGCUGGCAUCGGUGGCAUCAUGGGCUCGGCUUUCGAGAACGGUCUCACCGAGUCGUCGUAUCGACGUGUGCGAUCAGUACUUCUCGAUCUUGCCAAUCUACUAGCUAAUCUAGAAGUGGACCUUUACUGCGCUGCCGGCACAAGCGACAAAUUACGCGCUCAGGUCUCUCGCAUUGACGAGUUCAUGAAGAUACAGCGAUCGGUGGAUGCAAGUGGGACAGUCGGUGGGUUGUCGCCAUGGGCACGCUCAAGCAACGAAUUGGCAUCUCCAAGCCUCCACAAUCCACAGCAUCUGGCAGUCUCAGAAGACUCGCCACAGAUCUACUUUCCUGCGGAGUUGUUUGAGAAUUGGUCUUGGGCAUUUGAUUUCAAUUGAUCUAAGUAUUUGAGACACAAUGUAAUUACUACCAUG